UCCAACUUUGGAUAUUUCUAAGGUGGUAACCAAUUUCCAAGUUGAGAGAAGAACAAGCUUUGUGGCCCUGUUUUCAACCCGUAAAAAGAUUCUUUGAUUAGCUUUUUACACAAUAUAUGUAUGUAUAUACAUCAAUAUAUAGAGGUUUUCCAGUAGACGCCAAUAACAAGAAGCAGCAAUGGUUUCUUCGAGUAAUUCAUUUUACGUAAUUGAUUGUUACAUAUUGGUAGUUGCCGUAACUCAGACCAUUGCUCAGCCAAACUUUUUAUACCACUUCUGUCAAGGUACUAACUACACCGAUAACAGUGCCUACCAAACAAAUCUCAAUCGCCUCCUCUCCAUCCUCCCCUCAAACACUUCUAUUGACUAUGGAUUUUACAAUUCCUCUUAUGGCCAGAACUCCGAUCAAGUUCAGGCAAUCGGACUUUGUAGAGGAGACGUUAAGCCGGAAGCUUGCCGUAGUUGCCUCAGCAACUCUACACAUCUUCUAACCGAGGUUUGUCCAAAUAGGAAAGAGGCAAUUGGAUGGUACGACCAAUGCAUGCUACGCUACUCAAAUCGCUUCAUAUCUGGAGUCGAGGAACAUGCUCCAAGUUUCUACAUGUGGAAUCUCGGAAACGUAUCUUCCAAUUACGUUGCUGACUUUAAGGAAGUGCUCACGAACUUAAUGGCUGAACUGAAAAAUGAAGCGGCAGCUGGUGGUUCUCUUCGGAAAUAUGCAACAGGAAAUGCAAAGUCCAACUUUCAAACGAUAUAUGCACUUGUGCAGUGCACCCCAGAUUUGUCCCUGCAAGAUUGUACCAAUUGCUUGAAUUGGGCUAUCGAAUAUAUUCCAACCUGUUGCGAUGGGAAAAAAGGUGGAAGAGUUUAUAGCCCCAGCUGUUACAUUAGGUUUGAGGAAUACAUAUUCUAUGAACCAAGUAACAUUAGUACUGGUGGCACUGGCAAACCACCACUACCAUCACCAACUCCUCCCCCAGCAUCCGCCAAUAUCCCUCCUAGUCCUACCCAAGGAAAGAAAAGUAAUACAUCUGAGACUAUUAUAUUUAUAGUUGUGCCAAUUGUUGUUUCUGUGGUAUUAGUGAUCUCUGUCUGCGCCUAUUUAAGACAGAGAAAAGGCAAAGCUAGACAUACUAAUUUAUUUGGGCGGUCAAGUCACACAGAACUUGAAACGGCAGAUGAAAUUGCAACUGCGGAUUCCCUGCAAUAUGGUUUCAACAUAAUCAGAGUCGCCACAGAUAACUUUUCUGCUGCAAAUAAACUUGGACAGGGAGGAUUUGGUCCUGUUUACAGGGGUAAACUUUCCAAUGGCCAAUAUAUAGCGGUAAAAAGGUUGUCUAGAGACUCUGGACAAGGAGAUCUAGAAUUUAAGAAUGAGGUUCUAUUAGUUGCCAAGCUUCAGCAUCGAAAUCUUGUUAGGCUCUUAGGUUUUUGCCUUGAUGGAAAUGAAAAGCUUCUUGUUUAUGAAUUUGUUCCAAAUGCGAGUCUCGAUCAUUUCAUAUUUGAUCCGCUCAAGCGAGCAAAUUUGGAUUGGCAAACACGAUACAAAAUUAUAGGAGGCAUCGCUCGAGGGCUCCUUUACCUUCAUGAAGAUUCUCGUCUUAGAAUUAUUCAUUGUGAUCUUAAAGCUAGUAACAUCUUGUUAGAUGCAGAAAUGAAUCCUAAGAUUUCAGACUUUGGCAUGGCAAGGUUAUUCUUAGUUGAUCAAACUCAAGACAAUACAAGUCGAAUUGUGGGGACCUAUGGUUACAUGGCUCCCGAGUAUGCAAUGAAUGGGCAUUUUUCAGUUAAAUCUGAUGUUUACAGUUUUGGAGUGUUAAUUUUGGAGAUUAUAAAUGGACAAAAAAAUAAUAAUUUCCAUCAAGGAGAGAAUGUAAAAGACUUGCUAAGCUAUGUGUGGAGAAAUUGGAGGGAGGGCUUAGCUACAAAUGUUGUAGAUGGCAUGAUGAAUGGUGGUUCAACAAGUGAGAUAAUGAGAUGCAUUCACAUAGCAUUGUUAUGUGUCCAAGAAAAUCCAACCAACAGGCCAGCAAUGAAUACGGUUGUUCUAAUGCUUAAUAGCAAUUCUAUCACUCUUCCAUUACCCUCACGACCAGCAUUUUUCUUGGAUAGUGCAAUUGAAUCAGACAAUAUAUCAUUGGUAUCAUCAUAUUACAAUUCCAAGGCCACAGGAUUUGAUGAUCAUUCUAGAACCAAAAGAGCUGCUUCUGUCCAACCAUCCAUAAACGAGGCUUCAUUUUCUGAUCCCUACCCUCGAUAGUUAUGUGAGAUUUCAUAUGCAACAUGUUACGAAGUUUUUAUUAACACAUAUCAUUAACCCUCUAAUGGGAUAUAGUUUAUAAUGUGUACUUAUCUUGAAUUAAUGUUGUACUUAGCCUUUGUUGUAUCUGUUUGUGUGUACUUUAUGACAAAUUGUAAUUAGUUUGUAUAUGUGUAUUUGUUUGCUACGAAUGAAGCAACUUUAUC